AUGACACACAGAAAAACUCUUUACGUUAAAGUUCCCACGAUCGAUGCUACAAAAGAUGAAGAAACUCCUAAUCAUCAACAAGACCCAGAGCUAAAAACACCCACAGGUCUUCUCGGAAGAGGGAGAAGUAGAGGUCGAGGAAGAGGAAAAGGUACACACCUUGUUUUUAACCAAAAAAAUAAGGCUCAAACUCUACAAAAAAGAACAUCUCAUAACCAAGUUACAAGCAAAAUUCAAUAUGAGGUAGAGAUUGUUACAAAGAUACAAACAUCAACGGAGGCUACAUCACAACAACCAUCCACAAUCACACAAAAAGAAAUCAUCACUUCUUGUAUAUCUCAAACUUCAACAACAGAAAGCGAAAUCAUUGUUCCUAAUAGAAAAAUUGUUAAUCUCAAGGAAGUUCAAACCCUGACAAGGGAAGAGGUUUGCUCAAUGAUACACCCAUAUUUACCUCGUGACAUAAUUCAGCAACAAUUUGAGUUGGGAUUGGAUGGUACAGUAGUUUUUAAUUACUUAAGAAACAAGGGUACUGACAUACCACCCCAGUACACUAAUUUUGUUUGGUUAGGCGUAACUGUUUUAACUGAAAAAAGACUUUUUCCAUUUUGGAACGAAGAAUUCACGAUCCGUAAACUUCGGGAAAAGAAGAUCAUUAAGGAUGUCAAUACUAAAUUUAAUGUCAAUGAUUAUAUUUCGAGAAUUGCUGAUGGUAUUUAUAACAAUGAAUCUUUACCCCUCAUCAGAGAAGAAUCUGUGUUUUUAUCUUCAAUAACUGAUAACAAAUGGGAGUUAUUGGUCAAAUUUGUGACAGAUUUAAUGACUAUCGAAAUUAUUCCUUUUCAUUAUUCUUACAAAAUUUCUGAAUUACUAUUGGAAUUACCAAAAUCCUUUAAUCAGUCGAAGCAGAGAUGGUGUUUAAAGAUCCAGGAAGCAGUACGAGAUCAAAAGGGUAAAUUAGGAAGUUUAUUCAAACAAGCAAUACUUCCAGAUCAUUACAAAGGAUUUUAUGCCAUUAAAAGAGAUCCUAUGUUGCGUGAAUGGACUUACCACUUUAACGAAUUGAAAAUUCCAGAAAACAAAGGAAAGCCUUUGAUUGACCUAUUAUCAAAAGAUAUUUCAGUUGGGAGAGGCAACGAUUUUGGAUAUGGUAUUAUCCCAAUUAUUGAUUUGUCAACCUCUGGAAAGACUUAUACAAUGUUUCAACUGGUCAACUCAAUUCCUACAAUUAAUUACAAAUUCUUUUUUGUUAUACACAUUUAUCAGUCAUCUCUAUUUUGUGAGGCACUAAUAGAAAAUAUUAAGUCGAACAAACGCCCAAUAUCUGAACUCGUAGCCUCAUUUGUGUUAACUAUAUUAAUAACAAUUAAAACUUUGGUUGAAACAGAACCUGAUAUCCACCCGCGUGAUUUUUUGAAGUAG